GAUCGAUUCAGGCAACAGCGGCGAGUUCCGGUUACUAAUCGCCGCGCGAUAACUUGAGAUGUUUUCGUCUUGUCUGACCCUUUUUCCCUUUACAUUUAUCUCAUCUCACGAGUCAAGCGCUGUGUCUUCUUUUUUACAUUUCGGUUUUGUGCUAGAUAGACAGCGUUAGAUUUGAACUUGUUAGUUGGUGACAUUCUCGUCUCUUCUCGGAUAAAGUUGGCGCAUCGGAUGGCAACCCACCCUCCCGGAACCGGCCUCGCAUCCGGAUCAGACCAAGAAAACCUCAGCCUCGCCACUUAUUACCAGCAUCAGUACCAGAAGACCUUCCACGCAGCGGUCGCAGCCGGCGAGGUUACGCCGUUUGUGAUCCCGUGGUCCUUCAUUGGCGUCUUUUUCCUUCCGCUCUUUUACCUCAGCAUCCCGCACACAACCCGGCCAUGGCUGUACCGCCUGCGCUGGGCUGUUGCUGCAGCCGUCAUCUAUCUCAAUAUUCGCCUGAUGCAGACCACUUCGGCCGGGAAUAUGGCCGUGGCAUAUAGCACCGGACUGGCUGCGGUGUGGGGAACCAUCUGGAACUUGAGGGUGCUCAUAUUCACCCACCCGCAACGGGAUGCGGCGAGGGUUGAGCGGCGGCCAAGGAGAUCCCACGAGAAUGGUUUCUCAAAAGACGAAAAGGAAAAGCCAGGCGCCAUGGUAGCAGUCGACGAGAGCGUGGCCGCCUCGCUCCGGCACAACCACGAAUAUUUCUGGCAGCCCUUCCCUGCCCAGGCGUCCUUCCUCACCCGCCUCGGCUGGACGGCCGACCUGCUCACCUCGCUCCGCGGCGGAGGCUGGAACUUCUGCAUCUCGUCCAUCCCGCACCCUCCCCUACCCGAGCGUCUUCCCGACCCUGCGAGAGGUGGUGGUAAUGAGGCUCUGCCACCCGCCCGCCUCGACCUCAUCCCGCUCGCCUCACGCUCAGGCACCUCGCGCUCCCGGACCUACGCCUCCUUCCUCCGCUCCCGCCUCCUCCAAUUCACCGUCUCCUACCUCACAAUCGACAUCUUGACCAUCACCAUGCGCCGCGACCCCUACUUCCUCCUCGGCCCGGACUACGUCUCGCACCAACCCGACUUACCUCUCCCCAACUUCAUGACCGCCCUUCCCCUGCCGGGUAUCACCAUCCCCUUAGCCCGCACCCUCCCAGCCGCGGCGGGCAUCCUCGCGGGGCUGCACCUCUACUUCGCCCUGCUCCAGCUCGUCUGCGUCUUCCUCUUGCCUGCCCGCAUCGUCGGACCACGAUUCGUCGAACUGUGGCAGCACCCGACGCUCUUCGGCAGCUUCAGGCUCUCGGUCUGCGACCGCGGGCUGGCCGGCUUCUGGGGCGGGUGGUGGCACCAGACCUUCCGGCUCGGCUUCACCGCGCCGGUGCGCUUCUUGUUGUUUCCUCGCGUGCGCUUAUCACACUCCCGCGGAGCCACAGGGGGGGCGCGGGCGCGGGCCGCGGCCGAGAUGCUGCUUGCCUUCUUCCUCAGCGGCGUGCUCCACGCCGCGGGCGGCAUCACGUCGGUGGCGCGGCCGACGACGGUCGCGUGGACGCCUGUGGCGUUCUUCGUCUCGCAGGCGGUUGGUGUGAUGCUUCAGACCGGGUGGUGCGCUUUGCUCGGCACGCACAAGAGGGAAUUUUCCAGAUGGGCUCGGAGGGCCGGGAAUCUGCUCUUUGCGGCGGCGUGGUUGCUGCUCACGGCGCGGGGCCUGAUCGAUGACAUGAGUCGGGCGGGGCUAUGGCUCUUUGAGCCCGUGCCGGUCUCGCCGCUGAGGAUGAUGGGGCUCGGGUCGCCGGGGGAGUCGUGGUGGCGAUGGGAUGGCGAGUACGGGUUGCGGUGGUACACGGGGCGCCGUUGGUGGGAGAGCGGGAUUCGAUUGUGAUGUGCUCAACUUGCCAUUUCGCUGCCUGGAGUAAUAAUAUCGUUAAGUCGCAUAUAGAUGCCAUAUACGAGCGUGUGGGUUGUGCCAGAACUGGUCGGAUACUUGUAUAAACUGGGUAUGAAACAUACAGCGGUAGACAUAUAGCAUCAUAAAAAUCAUUUCCGAAA